CAGCUAUUUCCUUAUCGUCUCACCUUGUCCCCCCCUCCCCCCCAUGAAGGCUGUUAACUACUGAUGGUAUUAUUUCUUUUCACAGCUAAUAUCCAGCUCAUAAAUCAGGGAAAUGAUGGGGGAACUGUCUACCAGACAGUGAACAUCAAUCAUGAUGUUAACGUUGCUAUAUUCAACAUUUAUUCCGGAGCGCACUCCUCCAAUGCAAUCUUCGACUAUGACCAUGGUAUAAUUGCUUACCAUAUGCCAUACAAGAAGAUAUGUGUUGUUUCCAGAAUGAACAGGGCAACCUUUCCAACUUUAAACCAACUUGAGGACAUGGUCAAUAAUCAAAGGGACCUGAAUUCCCUCCACAGAAGCUAUAGGAUAUCCCGCAACUAUGUCAGAAAUGUGGCUGGACUUGGGGCACCCAUCCAGGCAACAUGUGGAGGACUUUCCACCUACUGGGCUACUGAAUAUGACAGACCACAAAAUUUACUUAGUGGUACUGGCUGCGUGGGUGUUAAACUUUUCAUUCUGGAUGUGAACCUGUGUGGCGGCCUUAAGCUCUUCUAACCAAGAGACAUAGCAGAAGCUUAUAAUAUUUCAGCCUCACGACUCACCACUAUUUUACUCAGUCUCAUUCCAGAGAAUGGCUGAUCUCUGGCUCUUCUUUGCAAAGCCUGUGCUGACAUGCAGCCACAGAAAACACUCCAACUGUGAAUGGCAAUAAAAAUAAAAUGAUGAUUGGAAAAACAUACAGACCAUGGCCAAUACAAUUUCUGACAGCAUCAAUAUUUGGAACAAAGAGUGGAAUCCACAGCUUUACUUGUGAAUGCUCACAGUUAACCCACACCAGAUAUCACAUUUCACACCUGUUCCCUUCUCUGUAAUGAGCUGAACCAACCAACACCCUUGAACAGCCCCUAAUCUGAAUACACCAGGCUGCUGGAGAAUUUGAAAUCUGGAUCGGAAUUUUGUGGCCGGGGCAUGUCUCUAGCUGAAAUGACAUGUGUGUUUAAAUGUGUCAGAAAGGAAAGAAGAAAAGUCUGAUAACUCUGCUGUUAGUUUCUACAAAUGCUUUCAGUAAAGAUUUCUUUGGCUGAUCUU